AUGGCUCAAUUACCCCUGCAAAUCCGAAAAGACAUCCGCGACCUCUUCGACAACGAGGACAGCGCCGUGCAGAGAUCCAUCGCCUCCCUCAAAGACAUCAUAGGCUACCAUGUCGCGUGCACGGCAGAGUGGUACAUGCUGUGGGUGGAGCUGGAGCCUGUGUGCCCCGACAAAACGACGUUCGUCCCCACCGUCGCCAAACUGGUGGAGACGUGGUGCGAUGCCCUAGGCAAGAGACUAGAAGACGCGCGGUUUGCAUCCUGGACCGAAGUCUUUCUCGAAAAACUCAAAACGGUCAAUGCUGUCAAGUUUUCUGUACAAGUUGCUGCCGAUGAAUCCAGAGUCCGGACAUCCUGGUUAGGGCCGAAAUCAACAUCGUUCACCAUCUCGUUGCCCAAAACCGCCAGGCUGCAGACCAUGCUUCAGACCGCUGGCCCGGCUUUCGCAGAAGACUUUGAGUCCAUGUUUGACCCUCCAAAUUCCAACUCCUCUACUCCAUCCGACAAGCCGGAAGCAGAGAACCAGCACCCAGAAAAUCGGGAAGAUGACGAAGACUGGGCAGAACUGGAAUCGGUUGCAGAUACAACAAAAAGCACUAGCAUCAGCACGACGGCGAACCGCGUUGUGCCAUAUCCAGCUCCACUGGAAAUGAGCACCGAUGUCUUACCCGCGCUGGAGACGCUGCCUCGACCGGAGAUCCUCUUCCGCACCACGACUCCCUACGUGAUGCUGGUGUCCUCCGGAGGGCAGAGUAAGCUAACAGUCAACGGCACGCACGAACCCAGUCUGCGGCUAUUAGCAGAGUAUUUGCAGCGGUGGAUCAAGACAGAUCCCCAAGACGUCCGCAAGAUCCCAUACUUGCGCAUCAAGCUGAACGAGUCGAACUUUGGCCUCGGCCUGUUUCGCGACUCGUUGACCAUUGAGCCUUUCGACUACCAUCAAAGACAGGCCGUCGUCAACGUGACCCUGGUCCUUGCAUUCAUCCAAGGAGUCUUGGGCUAUCGACGCAUCCCUGGAACAUCGGGUGCUGGUCAGUGGGAGUUUCGGAGGGAUACUCCCUUUGCGGCCUGA